AUUUCAGAUCCACCGUCGCGUCAUCCCAAAGGAGAAAAAAGAGGAACACCGGUCAGUCGUUCUGCUUAUCCUUUUUUCCCUCCUUCCCACUUACCUCUACGUUAGAGAGGUAGAAGUGGGAUGAACUUCUCUCCGCACGAACGUUGUACAUUUGUUCCUUGGCGUGAUUUACCUGCACUGUUCAUAUUAUUUUUUUCCACAUUUUUCGCUACAUUUUCAUCACUUCUGAAAAACCGUGGGGGGACCCUAUUUGACCUCGCGGGCCGCGCCAGAGGGACCUACCGAAACCACCUCUUUUGUAGGGAGGCGGCUGGACGGCACGCCGCGCCAUAGCAGGUGUAUAGAACCCGUGGCGAGCAAAUGGCGGGAUCCGUUUGGAACAGAAACAGCUGGCACUGGGAAGAAAAGAACUACAACAAAUGGGGGGAGACCUACAUAAAAAAUAAACUGUCCGAUUUGAAAAUCGAAAAGGAAGACCUUUCCGUCUACUUUGACAGGGUGGAGAUUUCCGGAAAUGCCUCCGUGUCCAUCCGGAAGGGGAAGCAAAUAAACUCCUUCGAAUACGUUAUCAAGUUCGACUGGGCCUUCUCCAAAACGGGGCAAGAGAAGGAAUACGCUGGAGGGACCGCAGAAAUUUUGGACUUUUCAAAUUGUUCCGUCGAGGACAACGACUACGCCAUCAACAUUGAGUUGAUUGGAGACAAGGAGGAGUCCAAGCGGGCCUACGACAUUCUGAGGAAGGAUGGAAAGGAGAAAAUAAAAAUUGCCUUGAAGGAUUUCCCAGCGGAUUUACUGAAGCACGACUCGAACGAAUCCAGCAAAGAACAGAAGAUCCUGGCGGAGGAAGAGGAAAAACUCCAAAAUGUGCACCAGAAUCUACCGCAGGGCGCGAAUGCGAAUAGCGCAAACAGUGCCAACACCGCCAACACCGCCAAUACCGCCAACGCCGCCAGCACCGCCAACGCCGCCAGCACCGCCAACAGUGCGAACCACGUAAAGGAGAACAAAGAGGAGGAAAAAAAAGAAGGGUCCGUUUGGAACGUUAACAACUACCACUGGGAGGAGAAAUGCCUGACCAGGUGGGCCAAGGAGGAACUAAAAAAUAUGCUGGACAUCUCCACAGUACAACUGAGCAAUAACAUUUCUUUGCAACUCUUUAGCUCCGAAGUUGAUGGUGAAGCUUGUUCCAGCUUGCGGAAAAAAAAAAAACUUAUAAUUUAUGACUUGAAAAUUAAUUGCGAAUGGAAAGCCUUUAAGAAGAACAAAAAUGGCCAAGUCGAAAUGGAGAUCACGGGGCAUGUCAUUGUGGAUGAUGUCAUUUCGGACUUCUCCUGUGACGACCAAAGCAAGUACAAAUUUCAAUUCGUCUUUGACAGUGCCCUUCCCGAGGGGGCGGCCAUGAACGAGGUGAUAAAGACCGAGGGACCCGCGCAGAUCGAGAAGAUAAUAGAGGUCUUUAUUUCGAAGAUGAUGGAGAAGUAGUUCGCACAGGGGGGCGGGGGUAUUCCCACUCAGGGGAAAACUCCCCUGCAUACCUUUUGUCCGUACACACGUGUGCGAAAUAGCUCCUUUCCACGCUGCUCUAUUGUAACCCUUUUCAGUGUUUGCUAACG